AUGAUGGUGGACCGUACCCUUUUCAGCACCAUCACCUUCUCCUCUCCGCUUUUUGUGAACAACAUCUCUCAGCGGCUGUUGUACCCAGUGCUGCAGAGACACCGCGCUGAGCAAAAACGUCUCCUCGCCACUGGCGGACCAGGCGGUAGGGACGGCAGCAGUGGCGGCGCUGGAGGGGCACGCGGUGGCGGUAGCGCCGUUGCGGGCACGCAUCUGGACAGUGAGGCAGCCCAGUUGUUGGGCAGUGACGGCACACCUCUGUUUGGCAGCAGCCGAAUUCCAAUGAGCAUGCGAGCUCGAGCAGGGGCGAUUCUCAACAAAAGCGGCGGCACUGACGCCGACCGCCGUCCCGGCGGCGGUGGCGGCGCAUCCGACGUGGACUUUGCGAGCCUUGCCGGCCAGCUCAUGUCCACGCUGGAGGAGGCGGCGGAGGAGGUGCGCCGCUUACUCGAGGAGGAAGAGACGCUGCUGCACCGCGAGGAGGUGCGGUGCAAGCGAGUUGAGAUCCAGGAAAAACGGCGGCUGGCAACAGUUAGGCUCGGGCUCGAGGGCACCUCCGCGCGGCUUCAGCUGUACGAGAAUCGCGUCAGCAAUGCGCAGGCAGCAACGGCGGGUAUCGAGCAGCAUCUGGCCCACUCUAAUGCACGCGUGCAGCGUGGCAAAGCGGUGUCGCAGCUGCUGCGCUACUUCAAAAUGAUGACGAGCAUCUCGAGUAGCGAGCUGCGCGCGCUGCUCGAGUCCAUCUCGGCUACCCGCAAAACCCAGCGCGCCGCUGUGACGACGCGCUGGGCCGCCGGGCGCGUGUCCGCCUUCCGCCCUCGUUUCUACACUACGGUAAUCAACACCGCCGGCUCCGUCACCACACGCGCUGUGUUGACCUCCUCGGGCUCGGCAGGCGUUGGCGCGAAUUCGGAGAGGGAUGACGACAGCAGCGUGGCGAAGCGGUCUGCCUCAGCGACUGCCGUGGCUCCAGUCGCCGAUGCUCCGCCAGCGCGUACCACGCGCCGACCCCGCGUGUUUCGCAGCGGCGCGCGACGUCGCAGUCCAGCUGCAAGUAGCGACGCCUCCCCUCUUUCCCAGGCGCGCUUGCUCUCACCGCAGCUGUCUCCUCAGCGUUCUCCACGAGCCGCCACCGGCAGAGACAUACCAGGCGACGACGACGACAAUGCAGUGCGUAUGCAAGGUGGGGUUGGCGGUGACGCGGCGGCUGAGCACGAAGAGGACGAGCGGGAAGAGGCCAGAAACGACGACGAAGCGGCGGCGGCCAUGGAGGACGGCGGUGACGGCACGGACGGGGACGCGAUUGUGGACCUGACACAGGUGCGCAUGCAGCGCGCCGAGGCCGCCGCCGUCGCAGCCGGACUUGACCGACUCUUCGCUCUCCGCUUCUGCACUGAGGCGCAGGUUGAGUGGUGCCAGCGGCUCACGCUGCUGGCGAACGAACUCGGCGACUUGGCCACCAACGCGAAGAACGUUCGAAUUUACGUAGACUGGUUGCGCAAGGAGCUCGUGUCUGACCUCUUCCACGUCGUGACGUGCUUCAACGACUUCUACAAUGAGCAUCCACAGACGGCCGUGUAUCAGGCGUACGGCCGCGCUCUGCUCAAGACUCUUGGACGCAUCUCGUCCUUGUACAACACACUGACAGCGUCGAAUGAUGAACUACUUUCGCUGUUUUUUUCUCGCUCCAUCAACGACUUGGGCGUGGUCCUGUUUAGCGAAUGGAGCCCGAAGCCGCUGCCAGGGCUGCCACCGCUGCCGCAGUCGUCGGAGUUGCGUGCGAUGGACCACUACCGUCAGCACACUGACAAGGAGCUGCAGCGGACCUUCCGCUUCCUGCUCGACCGCAUUCGCCGCAACGUCGUCGUCGUCGAGACGAUCUUCGGUACCACCAACACGGCUCGCCAGCAGCUGCUGUCGCGUGUCACGGACGGCGUGGUGAGGCCGUUCCUGAGCCAGCAGAUCAAGCUGGCGGAGACGCAGGCGACGUCGAUGAUGCAGGCGGAGGGGAGCCUAACCCCACGCACAAAGCGGCGCUGCGGCGUGCGGGUGGCCGACAGCAUUGCCUACCACCACACGAUGGAGACGCGCCUCUACUCCUUCUACCAGGAGUACGUGAAGGAGCUCAAGAACAUCUUCAGCGCCAACCAGGUCGACUUCCUCGGCCGCUGCGUGGACGUUAUCUUCGCGCAGCGAGGCGCCUAUAGCGCCCAGCGCACGGAGCUGGAGCUCCUGAACCGCUACUUUACACUGAUCGAAGAAAAGUACACGCGCAGUCUGCACGCCAUCCCGGACGAGUUCUUUGACCUACGCGAGGCGCACAUGGCGAAGAUGAAGGAGGUGAUAACGUGUCUGACGGAGGUGGCUGGUCGCGUGAAGACGUACGCGCUUCCUAAGGAGGUGGGCCCGUACGUGUACGACCUCAUCAAGGCCACGCUCGUGUACGUCGGCAACUACCUCGAUGCGGAGCUGCGCAAGGUUUUGGAUUCGCUGCGCAACGAUCGCGAUAACUGGCGAGUUAAACCCAAGUCGGAAGACGAGCUGUUGCAGCCGCUAAAGAUGGAGCCACAGCAGUGUGCGAUCCGGAUGCUGCUCUUCGCCCAGUCCUCCCUUAUGACUCUCAGUGACACGACAGAUGCCAUCUGCGUCCCGCUCCUGCGGCAAUACCCGCGGCUCGUCCAGGACGUUGAGGAGGCUCGCAGCUCCGCUCUGGAGGCGGUAGAUGAGCGCUCGGAGCGCGUACUGAACAUGUGUGUGCAUGCAAUUCUGCUUCGCUCCCUCUCGAUUCUGCAGCACUAUCAGCUGAAGAGCGACUACUUGCCCAAGGCGGACUCGAAGCACGACGACGCCGACACGGUGGCACCGCCGUGCACGCGUGCCUGCACUUUGUUCUGCUACUACAUCACACGCCAAUUCGACAUGGCUUCCGAGUUUAUUCGAUUGUCGAAUGGGCAGGUGCACCAGCGGCAGAUGUUGUCGCAGACGGCUGCCGGCGGGGCCCUCGGCGCAGCGGUGCAGCAGCAUCAGGCCGCGCGGGCAGCGGCGACCGAUGUGGUCAGCGGCACUGGCGGUAACACCCCCCUGCUAGAGUCGGUGAUGCCGUCCUCCACGAAUGGGGCGUUCACAGCCGCGUCUGCCUCGAGCGUCAGCGCCGUGCGGGCGCGCGCACGCACAAUGAACCUUCAGCAGCUUUUAUACGGCGAUGGCGGGCCGUCUUCCUUUGUGCGCACCUUGGGUGUGUGCCUGUACCGUGGCAUUUCGGCUCACCUCAAGAGCUUUGUUGCGAACGACCGCGGCGCGCUUGUGUAUAAGCAGGACGUGACUGCCUACAAGGAGGCGAUGAUCCCACUCACGAGCACGCCAGGACUUGGUGGUGCCGUGGUCGAGGUGCUGUUCCAGAUGCUGAAGGAAACGAGCAGUCUGCUCAUCAUGCCACUGGAUCACAUUCGCGAGGUAAAGGAAUCAGGCUAUCUGAAGCUCAUGUCGGCAGAGGAGAAGCUGCGCUACCUGCGCAUCCGCCAAGACUUGCGCUCAGCCAUGAAGAUAAUCUUCCAGUAG